AUGACUGCCGAAGAAGACCCGCUUGUCAGCGCCCUGCCUCCAGCGACUGAUUAUCUGACCUACCUCACGCUCCUCGAAUACCAGCUCACCCCCGAGCGGCUGCCGACUCUGCACCGCCUGCUACAAGAUGAAGUCCUCACGACAAAUAUCGGCUGGGACCUGGUCCAGCUUCUCCUGCCAAUGCUUCCACAGUCGCAGGAAUGCUUGCAGGAUAUUGCGCGCCUAGGCAACCCCCGCGAGGUCAUCCUCCGCGUCUCCGACUCGCUGAUGAAGCUGGAACCCGAGGAUGAGGAUAACCAAGUCGACGAAGGAGAGGAAGUUGCUGUUCCAGGAGAGGAUUUCGAUCGUGGGCUUCCGCAACAUGUCAUGAAAUUCAAUUCUUUGAUCGCCAUGCUUUCCGUCCUCCACAGCCGCAUCAAGACCAAAUACCCCAGCCGGUUCAUUGCAACCUCUCUCCAGGCUGCCUUGGAAGCGUAUGGCUCGAUGCCCACCGACGAAACGACGAAUGCCCUUUUGGAGUUUCUCAGAGACCUGUCUCCCACGAAACGACCUGCUCUGCCGCCACGUGGAACCAGCGACUCGUCUUUAGUACGCGUAUUGCAGGCAUCUGCUCCCGACCCGGAGGCCACCUACGACGAACCAGCAGCAUCAGAUGACCAAGCUAUUCAACUAAAACUCGUUCAGUUUGCAUUGGUUGAAUUGUUGAAAUCGUACAUGCUCAGCCUUUCAACAGCAGAGGAUUCGGGGAUGGCGUGGGCUUUGCGCCUGCAGGAAAAGCUCAGUCCAAAGGAAGGCCGAUCGACCGAUAAACUCUCAAAGAAUAAUAUCCAUUCGCAGACAGAACAUCUCAAGGAGCGAGACCUAGUUAUUGGGAGGAUCUGUGCGUUAUCGCGAGACCUAGGAAUCAAGGAUGAGGAUUUGGUAAAGAUUGCGACAUUGCCAGCAGAAGACCACCCCCCGCCGCUCGAUUUCGAUGAACCUCCCAAGACUGCCGAAGAAAUACCUCUACAACGCCAUGGCGCCUUACUUUUACUGGCUGCGCGAUCUGCAGCGAAUGUCUUGUGGCCCGGUGCUGCAACGGCGCGCGUUCCUGUAUACCCAGACCUUGCAGUCAUUUUCUCGAAUUUUAUCGGCAAUGCAGCUGCUGAAGAGCAGCCCCAGGCACUACACGAUGCUCUCCUAGCUAUUACUGCCAUGUCCUUGCACGACCAAGUUGAGAAACCGACCGAUGAGACGCAAUAUUCCGAUUUUGUCUUGUCCGUGACGACGAGCAGUUCUCGUCAGAUCUACAACAGUCUACGCAAGAUCCCGGCAACUAUUGCGCGAAGCCAUCCUGAUGAGGUCACUCGCUUUAAGCUGAUUCGCAGGAUUUUGGAAAAGGAAGAGCUUGUCUAUGCCCGAGAAACCGCGAUUGGGUGGCUGAAAGACGAGAUUCUCAAUGCGCCCGAACCGAGCACCAUCUUCCACGAUCCUCACUAUUUCAGUGUCCUUUUCCCGAUUAUGUUCAACGUGGCCGAGCUUGAAUCUCUCGCUGAUCCAUCUUCAAAUGUCGUCGUCCCAUUUCUCCGAUUCACACAGACUGUCGCACCGUACACGCAUGCCGCUCUGAGUCUGUAUUACAUUCUUCUUUCAUCGACACAACUCCGCGACAAACUCGAACUGGGCAAAACCCAGCACGCCUUCCAAACAAAAUUCCUGCCCCGACUGAAAUCCACAUAUGGCGCGUUUGAAGACGAUCUUCCGCAAAACGGCGGCGAUGGGCAGAUUGAAGCUGCCAUUGGCGAGGAUAUGUGUCAUUCUGGUAUGGCGCGCUCGGUUGGGUUGUUAUCUCAUGUUAUCGAGCAGGUGGAAGAGAAACUCGGCGAGUUAUAUGCGCAUGAUGAAGCGGGGGAUAGUGGACAGGCGGAUCUUGCCAAGGUAGAGAAGGUUAAAGCUGCGACUGCUGUAUGA